UCCCGCGAGCAAGGCAAAAAGGGUUUGAGGACGGAAUAGUCUGCCAAGCCGACGUUCCUGUCGUUAAAGAAGCGUUCAGGGUACAAAUCUGGGACUCAGCAACUGGAUUCAGCAGGGCUAUGAAGUUUUCCAUAAAGAAAUGUCUUUAUCUAUCUACCUACCUACCUACCUCCCCAACUCAUACAGAGAAUUCAUCAUACAUUGACCUCACCUACAUUGAACUGACCUGCAUCUAACUGCUGUGCCAAUAGUGUAUUUCUUUUAGAAACACGCUGCUGCAAUCCAUGCUGUAUUGUUGAACCCUAAUAUGUCUGCUUCCUGUCUACAUGUACACUACCAUACUGUGCUAUGUAUAAUCCAUUUCCCUAUAAUAUAAUUCCAACAGUGCUUUGCUAUUGCCCAUAGCCAAACACCUCUCUUCAGGAGCUAGAAGAAAAGAAAGCAGAUAUGCAAAGCAGAUCCUGAAAUUCUGCUGCCUUUUUGAGCUGCAUUGCCACUCUGUACAGAAUGCUUUAUAAGCUUUUGGUGAUUGUGUCCACAGUCUCUACUAUGUGCAUUCUUCACACAGCCACAACAAUCAGCCCAUCAUCAAACACACAGCAGAGGAAGAGUCACUGCUUCCAGGUAUUCCUCACCACUUAUUACCUUCUCCAGUACAGCACUCAAGAGUACAGCACCAGGAAUCACAUUAGCCUUGCUUGCUGCACUAAUAUAAUAAUGGGCAGCAGAGCUUGCUAUGCAGCUUAAUUUCAGUUAAUAAUGUAUAAUGAAUAGAUGCUUGAAUGCUACUGUGAGAAUAGUACCAACAAUCAAGCUUGCCACUUGUUUAUUAAAAAUAAAAAAUAUGUGACUGCAGUUGUAGCAGGCAGGAGCUGAGUGCAGAAAUAUUAUCUUCUGCUGGCUUCGCACCCGGGCGGUUUCCUUCAAGUUCUUCCCCACCAUGACCACCACGACUACUUACACGGGGAUGGACCCCAGUGGCCGAAGUAGCUCCAGGGUCCUUCGUCCCCCAGGUGGUGGUUCUAAUUUCAAUUUAGGAUUUGAUUUGCCAAAAGACCAGCAAGGAGGAAAAAGGAACAGGAUGGCAUCUUGCAUCUUUGGGACUCCAGAAGAAAAUCCACCAUCUUGGGCUAAGUCAACAGCCAAGUCCACCGAAGUCAAUAAUUCUGAAGCAGUUGGAUCUGAAAGGAGAGGUUCUUCUGAUGCAACCUCUGGUGAUUGUGUAACUCCAAAAAGUGUGGAAAGUGAGGCUCCUGAAAACACAGAAGAAACUGCUUCAGGCUUAAGUGAAGAAAAGCCCCUACCAGCUGCACCUGUUCCAAGCCCAGUAGCUCCAGCACCUGCACCAUCCAGGAGAAAUCCACCAGGGGGGAAGUCUAGUCUAGUGCUCGGUUAAGCUCCAUUUUUCUUCACUCCUUAACGCUUGGAACUCGUAUCUGUCAUCUUUGUUUUUCUUCCAUGCUUGUGAACUGCACAACUUGAGCUUGACUGUACUUCUAAAACUACCAUUAAAGGAGCACUUUAUGUACUUCAUAUUUUUUUUUUGUUUUCUUUUUUUCAGCCAAUCUUUUCCCAAACUUCUUGUCUUUUCUCUCUUGAGUCUAACGGAAGUGACAUGUGUAAUUUUUUUUCGUAAUGGUAGACAGUGGUAUUUAUUACACAGCCCAUGGCUGACAAAAGAUUUCUGAGGUGUAUAGUAGUGUCUGAAACUAAGCUGGAUUAAAUUCUGAGUGUGCUAAGUGGCAUUUUGUCCUAAAACGUGUAGAACAGUCUUAAUUGACUUAGAAGGGUUGGAAACUGGGAUUGUACAGGUAGUGGAUGAGUGACAAAUGUAUUCUCUUUCUGUAUACAACUCUGCAACAUAUUUUUCCAAGGUAUCAUUCAAUAAUUGGUAAAUGAUUGAAGCCCUGUUGUGCACUGAAGAACUAUCAAGUUGUGAUGCGAGAUAUUAACCAUUCUCCCUUGGAUCUUGGUUCAGUCAUAACAGGAUGAGGCUGAAGAUAAACUUAAAUGAUGAGGGGAUGCAUCUUACAAAAGUAAGUAUUGGGUGGAUAAAAUUUUGGGGACACAUUCCCUGUCCAAACAACUCCAAUACUAUACAUGAUCAUGCUGAUGUUUAAACAGAAGGUGGAAAAACUUCUAAAUGUGUAUUGUACCUUGAAAGCUGGAUUGUUGCUUAAAAAUAAAGGAUAUAGAAAUUUUGAAAAAAAAAAUAAAAAAUAUGUGUCCCUGUAAGACUUCCCUUUUAGCGCUACACUGAAGGUCAUGUGUAUAACUUGUCAAUUUUUAAGCUGAUUUUUGGAGGCAUACGUCUCUUGUGAUAGAUU